AUGUCUUCUUCAAAAAUCACUCUCUUUCGUAGGACCGUUUUGCCAACUCACUUCGUUACUCGUAGAGUUCGAUGCCUUCAGUCGCCGGGUCUUAUGUUGAGGAACUCGAGACCUUACUUAUUUCAUUCGUCGUCGUCGAAAAAUUUUACAAAUAUAAAAAAUGCCGAGACUAGUAAGUCUGAAGCUGUGAUACAGGAAGGUUCUAAUGCUCCCGAAAAGAAACUGGCGUCUUCUCUUAAAGAACUGGUGCAAAAGAAGUUUACUGGUAUCUCAAAAAAACUAAAUCCUGACACUCCGCCGUCUGGGAAAAAUAUAUGGAAUUUUAUACGGGACAACUGGAAGCAAGUUCUGGGGGCUGGCAUACUAGCGGACUUUCUUUUUGCUUUGGCUAUGAAUAAGUUCAGCGAGUAUCGUGUCAAUUCAGCUUUAAAAAAUGGUACUCGGCCCAAGUCAAAAGUGCUGGAAGAUGAGUUUGUUCCUCGACCUCAAAUUUCAGAAAUCCUUAAGAAAAUUUUUCAGCCAAAUGAACAUCAAUCAUAUUAUCACGUCGUUUGCGGAGAACAUGGCACUGGGAAGACAACAUUGACCAGAAUGGAGGCAAAAAACGUUGGGAAAGGUGUCAUAUAUGUUGAUAUUCCCUCCGAUUUUGAGAACUUGGGAGAAGCUUUUGGAAAGGCUAUUAAUUUGUCAUUCUUCGAAGACAUCUCUAUUACAACCCUACUGAUGCGGAAAUUUUUUUCUGGGAUGGGUGUGACUAGUGAAUCUGCCAUUUCCCUUUAUCAAUGGAGGAGAGUUAUGAAAAUUUUUCGACAUGCCUCAGAAGUGUACAAAAAAAAGUAUCACAAACCACCUAUUAUCAUUUAUGACAAUAUCAGCCGAAUAGUAAAGGAGAACCCAAAAAUUCUUGAUAUACUUCAAGAUGACGCAAAGGAUAAUGCUGAUGAUAGAGCAUACAUCGCAGUAUUUGUCAGUAGUGAAGGGAGUGUAACUCGAAGAAUGGAAACUCGUAGUGCAUGGUCACGUGCAGAAAAACCAGUGAUGGAAAUUGGUGAUCUUAGCGAAAAAGAGUCAAAGGAUUAUCUGAUUAAGAGGUGCACAAUCAAGGAAGAGAAAAAGGGCAAGUUUAUUAGAACGGAAUGCAAGAUCAAUGAUGAACAAGUAAAUGAAUUAUAUAAAUUAGUUGGUGGACGCGCUGUUGAUCUAAAGGCUGUGGCGAACAAAUUUCUAGCUGGACACUCUCUCGAAGUCAUCAAACAACAAGUCUUAACCGAAGUUGAAAAGAAAUUCCAAUCUGCACAACUCCUUCCAAAUGAUCCACAUUACGAAGUAGGAAAGUGUAUUAUUAGUGAUUUGUUAGAGUAUAAAGAGAUUAGUUUUUUAACAUUUAAGAAAUAUUUCAAUAAGAUUGAUGAAUUAAAUGAAGUGUUAGGAAGCAACAUAUUUGCAUAUCAUCCGAAAAAAAACACAGUGACCUUUCAAUCUCAAUCAGUAGAAUAUUAUAUUCAGAAAAACUCUGAUAUAUUUGUUAAAGAAAAAUCCAUAAAAUAA